GAGUCGCUUACAAAAGCCCCUGAAAACCUUUAACCUUCUUCCCCUACAUCUCUUAUAGCCAUAGGAGUAUCAAAUAUACUCAUCACUUCUCCUACUUUUAUAGCCUCUAAAUUUCCCCAUGUCUCGACCACAACAAAGAUAUCGAGGUGUUCGCCAGCGGCAUUGGGGAUCUUGGGUUUCCGAAAUUCGUCAUCCUUCAUUGAAGACAAGGAUAUGGCUAGGAACAUUUGAGACAUCAGAGGAUGCUGCGAGGGCAUAUGAUGAAGCAGCAAGACUCAUGUGUGGUUCAACAGCACGGACUAAUUUCCCUUACAAUGCCACAGAGUCGACACGGUUUCUGUCUUCUGCUUUGAUAGCUAAACUUCAAAAAUGCCACAUGACAUCUCUCACUGCUACGUCAAAAAGACCUGGAAAGACAAAAUUGGAAGAUAAAAAAGAGAAGGAGAUAUCCACGAACAGGGGAGAUGGAGAAGAAAGGCAGAGUGAGAGUGCAUCACAACAGUACAUGAAGGCACUGGAAGAUGAACAUAUAGAGCAGAUGAUUGAGGAAUUGCUUGAUUAUGGAUCUAUUGAGAUGUGUUCUGUUCUCAAUGAAUAAGAUUAUAAAUGCAAUAAAUUAGCUUCAAAUGGAA